AGAGAGCGAGCGAGAGGACCACAGCAUCGUUGCCGGAGCAUCCCUAGGGUACCAGCCCGGCAGGCGCCAUGAGUAAGCUGAGCUCCAAUGAGUCACCGUCCCCCAACGAGAUUCCUGGCCAGGAGGAAAAAGACAAAGCUGGGAGUAGCAAGAAGGUGGAAGCCGAAGAGGAAGAAAUAGAUAUUGAUCUCAACGCGCCUGAGACUGAGAAAGCCGCCCUUGCAAUCCAGGGCAAAUUCCGACGCUUCCAGAAACGGAAAAAGGACCCCAGCCCUUGA